AUGGACUGGGCGGUUGCGUGCCUCAACUAUAUCAAAACUCUGUGUCAGAUGGAGCGCACAUCCCAACCACACCCAGUAAACUGGGAUCGGAUCUACGACCAUAUGAAAAAUAAUAAGAACAACAAUAAUGUUUUCAAAAGGUUUAUGCCAUCCAGCUCCAUCGAUGAGCUCACAACGAAAGAGAAGGUGCUUUCUACAUUGCGCUCUUCAAAUCUUAGGACCGAACAGAUCGAGGAGCUGGCAAAUUUUGUGGUAGAAAAAGGCGCGCGAAGAAUUUUCCUUUGCCUUACAUUCAUUGAUGGGCUCCAGUACCUAUCGGAUUUCAUGGAUGCUAAAUUCACGGAUAAAGACCUGCCCAGCGCCGACAGAACGAACGCAGAGAUCGCAGAGGAAGACAACCCGACCCCCGGGGAACAGCAACUUGAGACUUAUUCCGAUACAGAGUACCCCGUGAAGGACUUCCCACUGAAAGGAAAGAGUCGAAAAGUUUUCACCGAAUUUCUCGAUCAGCAAUGGUUUUUUCUAUCCCCUAACUGCUCGAAAGGAUUAUCGGAAUCAUUGGAGAUCAUCGACUUUCAUGAUAGACUUCCUAUGGCAUACAUACCUCCAUCGUCAAACGAUGGUUCAAUUCCCACAUCUAUUUCUACAUCGAAUUUCAGUGUCGUGUGGAGAGUUCAUCUCCAUCCUAAUCAUUUCGGACAUCAGCAGUCAACGAGCUCGGCAAAGAGUUCAUCCAAGGGAAUCGAAGCUGCACUAAAGAUAUUGAAAGUCUCAGGCGGCUCUGAUGAUGCUAACAUAGAGGACUUCUACACCAAGGAAGCCAAAACCCUUCAGAAAAUGGCGAGCCUAAAUCACGGCCAUCUCAUCAGUACCAUUCUUAUUUACAAAUCGGGCCAGGACAGGUGCUUCCUAUUCCCAUGGGCCCACGGUGGUAAUCUUAAUGAGUUUUGGAAGAGUUUUGACGAGUUAAAGCAGAACAUCGACUUUGUUGCAUGGUCUCUUGAUCAGAUGCAUGGGAUAUUUGAGGGUCUGAACAAACUUCAUCAACAGAAGAUCCGCCACGGAGACAUCAAACCUCAUAACAUUCUCCAUUUUCCGCAAAACGAGCGCGGAUCGGCGUCAGGGCUACUUACUAUCGCGGAUGUUGGACUUUCCAAGUUCCACCAAGAGUAUACUACGGAUCGAAGAUAUACAUCUACUACACAAUGCACAGUUAUGUAUCAACCGCCAGAAAUCAAAGGCCGCCGGCGAUCACGACUUUUUGACUACUGGUCGCUUGGCUGCGUUUUUCUAGAAUUUACAAUCUGGAUAUACGAUGGCUACGGCGGUCUUUGCAAAUUUCGCAAAAGUUUAAAGGACUCACAGCCCAAUCCACCUGAAGACAAGAUACCCAGAUUUUGGGAUUACGAGAGGGGUCAAACACCAAAACUCAAUACUGCUGUUAAGAACACAAUGGAUGAAAUACAAAAGAAAGAUACAUCAUUGAGUAAAUUCGGCAAUGAGUUGAUUGAAUUAAUUAAGACAAAACUUUUGAACAUCGAUGCUUACCGUGGUAAGAAAAUUGGAACCUGGAACAAGGAAAAUGCCGAAGUUGUUCGGAAAGAAGUCUUCGCGAUCAGGGAGCGAUAUAUGGAAAGCGAUAAAUGCCUUUGGUCGUCGCUCCUCGAGAAAGACCGAGCUGGAAGUGACCAACUAGCAGAUCUAACAGCCCAACCAACAGCAAUGAACCUCUCCACUGGAGGAGCAAACCGCACAAGUGAACUUGUGGACCAGUGGCGCUUUGUACGAGACGUAGAUUCUGCGACAUCCAUCUUGUCACAGCUGGAUUGGCCAUCACUUCGGCCUCAGACACAGUCUCUAGCCUUUUGCCGACAAUGUAAAAACAUCGACUUUGACCAGUCGGAAUGGGACCUAUUUCGUAACAUGCGAGAUUUGGAACGCAGUUCGCCUGACUGUGCGCUAUGUCGAUUUUUCGUUCAGUCAAUUGCAGGCGUCAACUUGAAGAGCGGAGAGCCAGUGACUUUAAUCCGCGACAACAAGGCUCAUGUGGUUCGGCUACUUGGGCAAGAUUUGCCCGUGAUUUCAUUGUACUCCGAGCCAGACUUUGCGAACAAGAACUUAUCAGCUCCUCCGCCUGGGCUUCCGCUGCUCACCGAAAUGGGUAGCCCCCAGCAGAAGAAGCUUCUAAAUGCAUGGAUCAACUUGUGCAAUAAAACACACAGCUGCUCCUUAGACAAGGCAAACGGGAGCGCCCCAGGUAGACACAUGCCCACUAGGUUGAUAUCUGUGGGUUACGAGUACACUUCUACCAUUCGCCUAGUAGACUCAAUUGAGCUGUCCAACGACAAGUACGUGGCUUUGAGUCACCGCUGGGGAGAUGUUCCCAACCAGAAGAUGGUCCGGACAACGGUUAGCAACAUUGAUGAUUUCAAGAAGGAAAUCCGAUUCGAAUCACUCCCUCGAACCUUUCAAGAUGCAGUAAAACUAGCUAGAGUAAUUGGCGUUGCGUUUCUUUGGAUUGAUUCUCUUUGCAUCAUUCAAGGUGAUGAAGAAGAUUGGGCAAAAGAGGCCGCUCGAAUGGAAGAAGUCUUCAGCUACGCUUACUGUGUUUUUGCAGCUACAUCCGCCAAGUCUUCCCUUGGAGGAUUCUUGGGUGACAGAAAGCCGCGGCCUUCUGUUGCUGUGAGCACAUCCGGGAAUAGGAUGUACUUAUCGAAGUAUAUCGAUGAUUUCGAGAACGAUGUGGAGCAUGGCCUUCUCAAUACACGAGGAUGGGUGCUUCAGGAGCGAGCUUUGGCUCGUCGGACAAUUCACAUAACCUCUACGCAGAUAUACUGGGAAUGUGGGCAUGGCAUAUAUUGUGAAACUUUAGCACAACUUGAAAAUCCCCAAUCUCGGCUUCUCGGUGACGCACACUUCCCAGAGUCAUCAUUCCGGUACUACAAGUACAAGGAUGAGUGGAUCCGGCUGCUUCAGUAUAUACAGGAGCUCUAUAGUGGCCUUACCCUGGGAUACUUGACUGAUCGCCCCAAAGCUAUGCUAGGUAUAGAGAAAAGAAUAGCUCGGGUGUUCAAGUCGCAGGCGCGGUACGGUAUCUACGAAGUCUUUUUCGCCCGAACGAUGCUUUGGACGGCGAGCGUCAGCAGAGGGCUAACCCGGAUUGACCCCAUGGGUGGCAAACGGGUUCCUUCAUGGUCUUGGAUGUCCUACGCAGGGAAGAUCACAUACGUGGACAUUCCAUUCAGGAAAGUUCUAUGGUUGGAUAAUUUAAAAAGUCCUUUCGACACCAACAAGUCUUUGGAAUCAUGGGACGAACAUUUAUUUGGAACAGCAAACGACUUGGUCGUCGAUGCGUGGGAGUCUAUGACCGAGAUUGUUUUUGACUGUGGUUUCGACCAGCAUGAUAGGAAUACUUGGAAAUGCGUCUUGCUUGGAAGAGAGGGGGCGGCUAUUCGUCUCGAGGAAUCGGUUUACUACGCACUGAUAAUACGGCCUGUGAUCGCUGCGGACUCUUCCAGAUACGAGAGAGUUGGCGCUGGAAGACUGAACCACUGGCAGAUUUCUCACAAGACACAAGAAGUCGUUAUCAUUUGA